CGGACGACUAUUAGUUACCGUUGAGCUCGCACGGUGGUAAGGUCGCUGCGUUUGGUCCCGACUUGCGUCGUACGUAAUCUCGUCAGAAGUGUUCUGUGUUUAGGAGAACAGUGCCAGUGGUGUGAACUUGAACUUGCUGCAAAUUCGAUUGCCCCGGCUAGGAAGUUAUUUUUGGAAGUUUUUAAAAAUUGGACAGUUUGUAAUACGCACUGAAAGAUGAUCAAGAGUGUGGAAAGGGCACAACUGCUGAGGCAGAUCAGCCGGCUGCUGUUGGCGUGUGACGUUCCUGGAGCAGCUCAGCCGGCGGUGCAUGUGCCAGCGAGAUGCAGGGCCACGGUCAUGCAGAAACGACUUUCGUCGUCGCUCGUCAAUCAGGGAGCCAAAAUGGCCUCCACCGUUGCCGCCACAAAAACGAGCGAGCUUCGGCACGGAACGUCAUCGCAGGAGGUGUUCGACCGGGAGGAUAAAUUUGGCGCCCACAACUAUCACCCGCUGCCGGUGGCGUUGGCACGUGGCGAGGGAAUCUUCGUGUGGGACGUCGAGGGCAAACGAUACUACGAUUUCCUGAGCGCGUAUUCCGCGGUAAACCAGGGCCACUGCCAUCCGAAGAUCGUGCGGGCCCUCACCGAACAGGCCAAGGUAUUGGCUCUGACCUCCAGAGCCUUCUACUCCAACGUCCUCGGUGAGUACGAAGAAUACAUCACCGCCCUGUUCGGCUUCGACAAAGUGCUUCCAAUGAACACCGGUGUUGAGGGCGGGGAGACGGCAUGCAAAUUGGCGCGCAAGUGGGCGUACAAAGUGAAGAAAGUUCCACAAAACAAGGCUAAAAUUAUUUUCGCUGAAGGUAACUUCUGGGGCCGCACGUUGGCUGCCGUAUCCUCUUCAAACGAUCCGUCCAGUUAUGAAGGCUUCGGACCAUUCAUGCCUGGGUUCGAACUUGUCCCGUACAAUGACACCGGUGCGCUUGAAAGGGCCUUGCAGGAUCCCAACGUGUGCGCCUUUAUGGUGGAACCAAUUCAGGGAGAAGCUGGCGUAGUUGUUCCCGAUGAGGGAUAUCUUAGGAAGGUUCGUGAAUUAUGCACAAAGUACAACGUCCUCUUCAUUGCCGAUGAAGUACAAACGGGUCUUGCCCGAACGGGACGCAUGCUGGCGGUCGACCACGAGGACGUCAAGCCUGAUAUACUGAUCUUGGGAAAAGCUCUCUCCGGUGGAUUGUACCCCGUGUCGGCUGUGCUGGCGAACGACGACGUGAUGCUAUGCAUCAAGCCCGGCGAGCACGGAUCGACCUACGGUGGAAACCCACUGGGUUGCAAGGUAGCGAUGGCUGCCCUCGAUGUGUUGGUCAAUGAAAAGUUGGCGGAAAACGCAGAUCGCAUGGGACGUAGACUGCGAGAAUCUCUAGCGGAACUCCCGACGGACGUGGUUUCGAUUGUACGAGGAAAAGGUCUGCUGAAUGCUAUCGUGAUUAACUCCAAGUAUGAUGCGUGGGAAGUUUGCCUGCGAUUGAAGGAAAAUGGAUUGAUUGCGAAGCCAACCCAUGGGGAUAUUAUCCGGUUUGCGCCACCGUUGACCAUCAACGAAGAGCAAGUGGACGAGUGCUCGAGGAUCAUCAAAACAACAGUACUGUCAUUUGUUAAUGAACAGUAAUGGGACAAUGGAGAAGAUGAUAUUAUUGUUUAGAUUGUAAUCACAAACGCAUUUGGCUAUAAGUUUAUGAAUUUCAGUUUCCUGGUAAGCACAAUUAUAGUAUUCUCAUAAUUUAA